UGGGGCCGGCGCCGCGGGACCCCCCGGCCCGGGGCACUGGGAGCGCCUCUGCCGGGCGGCGGACACCGGGCGCGGCUGUCCGCCGUCCCGCCGGGGGUCCUCCGCGCCUCGGCCCUCGCCGCAGCCCCGGCCGCGCGUGGCCGCGGCUCAACGGGAGGUGGGCGGUACCGUAGCCCCACUCGCAGGCUCGCCGGGACAACUGCAAACGCCUUCAGAAAGGGCUCAACCCGCCCUGAGCCUGGAAAGCUAGCCGUUACACCGCGCUCCGGCGGCUGGAGGUUUGGCGGGGGAGAGGGGGGGCGCCGGCCCUGCGAAGCAGGCGGUGCGAGAGCUGGGGCGCCCUGUUCUAGCAGCCCCGGAGCUGGGGAUCCUGUCUGGGCUCGGCUAGGAAAAAAGUUCUGCCAGCUGGUGUCGGGCCCACACCGGCCUUUUCUGUUCCCCUGGCGCUACGGCUGUGUUUUCUAGGUGGUUAAGAGGCAGCGUGCGGGUCUCGUCUUUAACUUGAGGUAACAGGCUUGAUUCUUCCCAGAGUCGGCAGAGUGAAGAGUUGUCGGGACACUGAAGAAGACCAAGGAAAAAAAGGGGCAUGGAGGGCCAGGAACUGCCUUAUGUGCUAAUUGACUGUAUAGGAGGGAAGCACGGAGUAUAUGAAGACCAUGUUGAAUUUCUGGAGAAACAUUUUCAUCUCAUCACCAUGGAAGAAUAUCUUGAAAACCAGAAAUCUCUCAGCAAAAAGAUCAGAGCUAUUUAUAUGUGGUAUCACAAACCAGUUAUUAAUGAAGAGCUGCUCCAGAGCCUGCCUAACUUGAAGAUAGUUGCAAGCUCUGGAGUGGGAAUAGACCACUUGGACCUGAACCUCCUCUCCAGCUACAGUGUGAAAGUGUCCAACACUCCAUUUGUUGUUUCCACUGACACUGCAGACUUGGGAAUGGCUUUGAUGCUAGCAUCUUCCAGGAGAAUUGUGGAAGGCUAUCAGAUUGCUGUCUCCCCUGACACCGAGUAUUUCCCCGCUGACUGGCUGGGUGCUGAGGUUUCUGGGGCGACCCUGGGGAUUGUGGGAAUGGGCACUAUUGGCUACAAGGUGGCCAAGAGAGCCAAAGCCUUUGAAAUGAAGAUUUUGUACCACAACAGGAAUCAGAGAAACAAGGAAGAAGAAAGUGCCGUUGGAGCUAUUUACUGUAAGAAGAUAGAAGAUUUGCUCCAGCAAUCAGAUUUUGUGUUGCUGUCUGUGAACCUGACUCCACAGACACACAAACUGAUUGGGAAGAGGGAGCUGGAGCUGAUGAAACCCACAGCUACUCUCAUUAAUAUCAGCAGAGGUCUGGUUGUGGAUCAGGAUGCUUUGGUGGAAGCCCUUCAAACCAAAGUUAUUAAGGCAGCUGCUCUGGAUGUGACAUAUCCUGAACCUUUGCCGAGGCAUCACCCUUUGUUAAAGCUGAAGAAUGUUGUAAUAACUCCUCACAUUGGAAGUGCCACCAAGAAGACACGCCGCCUUAUGAUGGAAAACAUGAUGGAAAGCAUACAAGCAGGUCUUACAGGUCUUCCUAUCCCUAAUGAAGUAUUACUGUAAAGUGGCCUGCAUUUAAUGUUAAUGCCAUUAGUGUUUAUCCUGGUGUGAGGAAACAGUAAUUUGAUCACUUUUCAUGUAAUCAUCCUGUGUGUGUUUUACAGAUAAAAUGUAUAAUGCAUGGGUUUAAUUUAUUUAAAUAACCAAAAGCAAUUCUGCGUGGAAACUGCAGUAUUUUGUUAUGACUUCAAUGAAAAACUCAAGAGUCCA